AUGAUGUCAAAAAUUUUUGAUUUGGUUGUCAUUGGCGCCGGCUCGGGCGGACUGGAGGCUGCUUGGAACGCGGCGACACUCUACAAGAAGCGGGUUGCGGUGAUUGAUGUUCAGAUGGUUCACGGGCCCCCGUUUUUUUCUGCUCUAGGCGGCACGUGUGUCAAUGUUGGCUGCGUUCCGAAGAAAUUGAUGGUUACAGGGGCCCAAUACAUGGAACACCUGCGCGAGUCCGCUGGGUUCGGGUGGGAGUUUGAUCGCACCACUCUCAGGGCGGAAUGGAAGAAACUUAUUGCUGUCAAGGACGAGGCGGUGCUGAAUAUCAACAAGAGUUAUGAGGAGAUGUUUCGGGACACGGAGGGUCUGGAGUUUUUUCUGGGCUGGGGAUCACUGGAGUCAAAGAAUGUCGUCAAUGUUCGCGAGAGUGCCGACCCGGCCAGCGCAGUGAAGGAGCGCCUGGAGACGGAGAACAUUCUACUUGCCAGUGGUUCGUGGCCGCACAUGCCAAACAUCCCUGGUAUUGAGCAUUGCAUCAGCAGCAAUGAGGCAUUUUACCUGCCGGAGCCACCGCGUCGUGUCCUCACUGUCGGCGGAGGUUUCAUUUCCGUGGAGUUCGCCGGCAUUUUUAACGCCUACAAGCCGAAAGACGGACAAGUGACGUUGUGCUACCGCGGUGAAAUGAUCCUUCGUGGCUUUGACCACACUCUCCGUGAGGAACUCACAAAGCAGCUCACCGCCAACGGCAUUCAAAUCCUUACAAAGGAAAAUCCGGCCAAGGUGGAGUUGAACGCGGAUGGCAGCAAAAGUGUUACUUUCGAGAGCGGCAAAAAGAUGGACUUUGAUCUUGUCAUGAUGGCGAUUGGCCGUUCUCCCCGAACAAAGGAUUUACAGCUGCAAAACGCCGGCGUCAUGAUCAAGAACGGUGGUGUGCAGGUGGACGAGUACUCGCGCACGAAUGUUUCCAACAUUUACGCCAUCGGUGACGUCACAAAUCGUGUCAUGUUGACACCCGUGGCCAUAAAUGAAGCCGCUGCCCUUGUGGAUACCAUCUUUGGUACCACUCCGCGAAAGACGGACCACACCCGUGUGGCGAGUGCCGUCUUCUCUAUUCCUCCAAUUGGUACCUGCGGUCUCAUUGAAGAGGUUGCAUCCAAGCGCUACGAGGUGGUGGCGGUAUACCUUUCCAGCUUUACCCCGCUCAUGCACAAAGUCAGCGGAUCAAAGUAUAAGACUUUUGUUGCAAAGAUAAUUACAAACCACUCCGAUGGCACUGUUCUUGGUGUACAUCUUCUUGGGGACAAUGCCCCAGAAAUCAUCCAAGGUGUUGGUAUCUGUCUCAAGUUAAAUGCCAAAAUAUCCGACUUCUACAACACUAUUGGUGUGCAUCCCACAAGUGCGGAGGAGCUGUGCUCCAUGCGCACUCCUUCUUACUACUAUGUUAAAGGUGAGAAGAUGGAAAAGCCUUCAGAAGCAUCUCUGUAA